ACGGGCUGUCAAAACAAGUCUCCCUCCCUGUCACAACAGAGAGGAGUGGUGGAGGCUGCCGCCGAGCCACUUCCUGCUUGCUCUCCUCGCUCCCUCGCUUGCUCGCAGGCAGGUGGGCGGGGUGCACCCGUGCCGCGCUCUCUAGCUUGCUCGCUGCAGCUUCUUCUGCUCUCUGGCACAUACUCAUCUCGACGCAAGGAAGCCACUUUGAAACGGCGCCUUGGUGUCUUUUGUUUGGUGGCGAGUGGAGCGUUUGCAUAGCAUUUCUUGGCAGUCGGACACCUCCCUUCUUCCUCGUCCUUUCUCUCUCUCUGUGCCCUAUUCUGUCUGUAUCUUUCCAAACCAAGUUUAUCCCAUCUCUCCUCUUCCCAGUCUCCUCGCACCCCCACCCCCUUUCUAUUAUCCGGCUAGGUCGGGGGAGGAGUUCCAUGGACGGCUCAUUCAGAGUGAUGUCUCCUCUCAAGAAAGUUGCAGUGGCUGCCUCAGGGCAGUGAAAACAAAGUCUGGAGGGUCGACUUUGGGGUGCAUGUUUGAUUGUGGGUGGAGGGGGUGGAUUCCAAUCUCCCUAAGUGCCCUUUUCCCCGAGAGAAGUUCGAAGCUGGUAUUGCGAUGGCCGAAGGUGAGACCUGCAGAGAAGGUCCUUCCUCCUCCGAGGUGAACCUAGGCGAGGAGGAUUCUCAGGUGUGCCCAGAUUUUGCAUCCUUGGAAGGGCUACCGGCCGGGGCUGCAGGACGCCGAAGGGACCGCAGAAGUGGACUCUCCUUGCCGGCCUCCGCAGGCACCUCAGCGGCGGACUGUGAAGCGAGUCUCCUGGAAGCUGCCAAAGUGACACCUCGGCGAAGUAGCAUUAUCAAGGACCCUUCAAACCAAAAAUGUGGAAGGAAGAAAACUGUGUCAUUCAGCAGUAUGCCAUCGGAAAAGAAGAUCAGCAGUGCUAGUGACUGUAUCAGUUUCAUGCAGGCUGGCUGUGAGCUGAAGAAAGUUCGUCCCAAUUCUAGGAUUUACAAUCGUUUUUUUACCCUGGAUACAGAUCUUCAAGCUCUUCGCUGGGAGCCCUCUAAGAAGGAUCUUGAAAAAGCAAAGCUCGAUAUUUCUGCUAUAAAAGAGAUCAGGCUUGGGAAGAACACAGAGACAUUUAGGAACAAUGGACUUGCAGACCAGAUUUCUGAGGAUUGUGCCCUGUCUAUACUUCAUGGGGAGAACUAUGAGUCUCUGGACCUGGUUGCCAAUUCAGCUGAUGUAGCAAACAUUUGGGUUUCUGGUUUACGGUACCUGGUCUCUAGAAGUAAGCAACCCUUUGACUUAAUGGAAGGCAGUCAGAAUACUCCAAGGUUCAUGUGGCUAAAAACAGUAUUUGAAGCAGCAGAUGUUGAUGGCAAUGGGAUUAUGCUAGAAGACACAUCUGUAGAGUUAAUUAAACAACUCAAUCCCACCCUGAAGGAAUCCAAAAUCAGGUUAAAGUUUAAAGAAAUCCAGAAGAGCAAAGAGAAAUUAACCACCCGGGUGACAAAAGAGGAAUUCUGUGAAGCUUUUAGUGAACUUUGUACCAGACCAGAAGUCUAUUUCUUACUUGUACAGAUUUCCAAAAACAAAGAAUAUUUAGAUGCCAAUGACCUCAUGCUGUUUUUAGAAGCUGAACAAGGAGUUGCUCAUAUAACCGAAGAGAUGUGUUUAGACAUUAUUCGAAGGUAUGAGCUUUCUGAAGAAGGGCGACUCAAAGGUUUCCUUGCAAUUGAUGGAUUUACUCAGUAUUUAUUAUCACCGGAAUGUGAUAUUUUUGAUCCUGAGCAAAGAAAGGUGGCUCAAGACAUGACCCAACCAUUAUCACACUAUUAUAUCAAUGCCUCUCAUAACACUUAUCUAAUAGAAGACCAGUUCAGAGGACCUGCCGAUAUUAAUGGCUACGUUCGGGCUUUAAAAAUGAGUUGUCGGAGUAUAGAACUGGAUGUAAGUGAUGGGCCAGACAAUGAGCCAAUCCUUUGUAAUCGUAACAAUAUGGCGACAUCCCUUUCCUUUCGCAGCGUCAUAGAGGUGAUAAACAAAUUUGCCUUCGUGGCUUCUGAAUACCCACUUAUCCUUUGCUUGGGCACUCAUUGUUCAGUACCACAGCAGAAAGUCAUGGCCCAACACAUGAAAAAGAUCUUUGGCAACAAGCUGUACACCGAAGCACCUUUGCCUUCCGAAGCCUACCUCCCCUCCCCUGAGAGGCUAAAAGGAAAAAUAAUUGUGAAAGGAAAGAAGUUGCCUCCUGAUCAGGAUUUGAUGGAAGGAGAAGUCACAGAUGAAGAUGAAGAAGCCGAAACGUCUCAGAGGAUGUCGGAGGACUAUAAUGGUGAACAGAAGUUGAUAUGCCUCUGUAGAGAACUAUCGGAUUUGGUAUCUAUAUGUAAAUCUGUGCAGUAUAGGGAUUUCGAAAUUUCUAUGAAGAGCCAAAGUUAUUGGGAAAUCUGCUCAUUUAGUGAGACAGAGGCCAGCAGAAUCGCCAAUGAAUAUCCAGAGGACUUUGUAAAUUAUAAUAAAAGGUUCUUAUCGAGGGUUUACCCAAGUGCUGUGAGGAUAGAUUCCAGUAAUUUGAACCCCCAGGACUUCUGGAAUUGUGGCUGUCAGAUCGUGGCAAUGAAUUUCCAGACUCCGGGUCCAAUGAUGGAUCUCCAUACAGGCUGGUUUCUCCAGAAUGGAGGCUGUGGAUAUGUCCUCCGGCCCUCCGUCAUGCGGGAUGAAGUCUCUUACUUUAGUGCCAAUACGAAGGGUAUCGUUCCGGGGGUCUCUCCUCAAGUCCUACACAUCAAAAUUAUCAGUGGUCAGAAUUUUCCCAAACCCAAAGGAGCUUGUGCCAAAGGGGAUGUCAUCGAUCCUUAUGUUUGUAUUGAAAUACACGGUAUUCCUGCAGACUGUUCAGAACAAAGGACUAAAACGGUUCAACAGAACAGUGAUAAUCCCAUUUUUGAUGAAACUUUCGAGUUUCAGAUAAACCUGCCUGAGCUUGCCAUGAUCCGUUUUAUGGUCUUGGAUGACGACUACAUCGGGGAUGAGUUUAUAGGACAGUAUACGAUACCGCUGGAGUGCCUGCAGCCUGGCUAUCGACACAUCCCUUUGCGCUCUUUUGUGGGAGAUAUCAUGGAACAUGUAACACUGUUUGUUCACAUAGCAAUAACCAACCGAAGUGGAGGAGGAAAGACCCCAAAGCGCAGCCUUUCAGUAAGAAUAGGGAAGAAGGUUAGGGAAUACACUAUGCUCAGGAAUGUUGGUCUGAAAACCAUAGAUGACAUCUUUAAAAUAGCUGUUCAUCCCUUGAGAGAAGCCAUGGAUGUGAGAGAAAAUAUGCAGAAUGCAAUAGUUUCUGUUAAAGAGCUUUGUGGACUCCCUCCAAUUGCCAGCCUGAAACAGUGCAUGUUGACUUUGUCCUCUCGGCUGAUAAACAGUGAUGAUUCACCUUCUGUAUCUCUAGUAAUGAGAGAUAACUUCCCUUACCUGGAACCUCUGGGGACGAUACCAGAUGUACAGAAAAAGGUCCUAGCUGCCUAUGAUCUGAUGAUUCAAGAAAGCAAGCUACUUAUUGAAAUGGCAGACACCAUCCAUGAUAAAAUUAUUCAGUGUCAAAAAGCAGGGAUGGAAUUUCAUGAGGAACUUCAUAAUCUUGGGGCAAAAGAAGGCUUGAAAGGAAGAAAACUGAACAAAGCUAUUGAGAGUUUUGCAUGGAACAUUACAGUACUGAAGGGUCAAAGUGAUCUGUUGAAGAAUGCCAAAAAUGAGGCCCUGGAGAACAUGAAGCAGAUACAAUUAGCAUGUUUGUCCUGUGGCCUGAGCAAAGCAGCUGUUGGUGGUGCUGAAGCAAAGAGCAAGCGAAGCCUCGAGGCCAUUGAGGAGAAGGAAACUGGAGAUGAGAAUGGAAGGCUCUGAACCAAGGCAUAAUGACUGGACGUGUCUUUGGGGUCAAGGACUUGAGACUAUUUUUUUUAGAGCAUUUAGAAAUUCACAAAGAAUGCCCUUUCUGGGGUGUUGAAAGUACACAGAUUAUUUCACAAUGUCAGUAUUUAACUGCAGUUAAUUUAUCUGAGUUAAACCCUUGUGUAGUCAUGUUUUAAAAUAGAUCAGAGUUUGGCAUGUUGAUGUGCACAUACAUGUGCACGUGGGGAUGAGAGAGAUUGUGUAGAAUCUAUUUAUUCUACCUUGCGUCUCUGUGUACUGUUAUUCUUCUCCCGGUUCUCCAGCACCCCUGUUAAUUUUGAAAUUAUGAAGAGUAUUUACUGUAACUGAGUUUGUACCUUAUUUUACUUUUUCGCUUUUGUCAUUUCAUUUAGAUCUCUUAACAUAUCAUAUUGUUGAAGGAAGCCAAAUUUAUCAAUAGAUAGAUGUUUUGAUAGGUUAAAUGUAGAUUAGAAUAAAUUUUCCGAAUUACAACAUCUAUGUGAAUCAAUAAAGCCAACAACAAACCAGCAGAAUUUAUGGAUAGAUUACCAAAGUCAUUGCAUUCAGCCAUUAAUAUUUGAAAUUUAUUUUUUAAAUAUUCAUUUGUUAGAAUUCAGGAAAGUGAUGCACCUGAGAUUAGUGAACACAUAUGAGUUCGGUGGACAAGCCAGUCAUUAGUAAAAUAACACCCAUCCAUUAGGGACUCAGUAAUAUAGUGAAAGCUCUGUUUGCAAUGAGGGUUUUAAAUGCAGAAAUGAUAUUUGGGGGCUUUGAAAUUUCAUUGCUGGUAUUUACAGAGAGUUCUUGAACUUCAUAAGCCAUCUGUGAGGGCCAGUUGAGAGAGUGUGUCUUGAGAGGAAUUUUAAUGAAGAGUGUCUGAUUGCUGUAAGGAAUGUUAUUGAUUACAGGAUUGUAGAUCUUGGCGGAAUGGACCUCACAUGUCAUCUAGGCCGGCCUCUUUAUUUUACAAAUGAGGAAACUAAGGCCCAAAGAAGGUUAGAAAUAGCUCAAAGAAACGGAUACCAUUAUUGCUAUUGUCAUUACUGUCAUCAUUAUUCUUAUUGAUGCUGGAAGUUCAGUAGCUACUCACAGGUCUAUCCCACAGCUGAUUAUCAUGGAAACUGUGAUCGGUUUCAUUUCUAAUCCAGACCAAUUCAGACUCUCUUAAGAGAAUUGUCUUAUUGGUGCUAGACUUAGUGUGGACAUCUGAUGGCCUUUAGCCCCCUGUCAGCUCAGAACUCCCUAGCUCAAGCAACCCACCAACCUCAGCCUCCCCAGUAGAGAUUACAGGCUUGUGCACCACCACAGCCAGCUAAAAUGGCACCAUUCUUGUAAACUGAUAGCAUAUUGAGUGCUACAGGGGUUUUAACAGUGGGGUAAUUUUGAGAAAUAAUGAACCUCAAGGCGCUUUUAACACACAGUGGAAGACAUACAGGUUGAGGAAGUGACAAAUUAGACUCCUACCGGGGUAGAAUCUAUAUCAUUAUUAUUAUUCCAUCUUGAUAAUGUAUUUGAGUGUAAUAUGUAUGUUACCUCUGACAGAACUAUAUGUUCUAUGGUUAUAAAAAGAAUAUAUUUAUUUAAAGCAUUGCUUUUAUUUUGAAAAGCUACUUAAUUAAUUUGAUUAACAAAUGUGCUAAUUUUUUGAAUUUAAUGGAAGGUAAUUGUUGAAAGUUUGCCUAUCUUAAAAUCCAGUAUUGCCAGUGUGUUAAGUUAUUCUGACUUCCUCUUAACACUAUUAUGUUCAUGUUGCACAUUACUGAAAGAGUAAAGACAUGAAAAACAAAACCAUAAA